AUGAAUUCAUCGAAUGGCAAUCGCCACUGUGAGGAUGACGUUGUAUCCUCUGAGAAUGGGAUCAUUCUCGAGAAUGAAGUUGUCCCUGCUGCUGUCCACCCGCAUGCGGACCGUAUGCUCGUGCAGCCACUGGAGGGUCCUUUGAUUGCACCCCCAUUUGCCACGGGCAGCGCCUGCAGUCGGUUCACGGUGCGUGCUGGGCAUUGUUCUACUGGUGUUGCCAAUGCUGACAUGGUGCUGUGCGUGGCUGCGGCGCUGUCGGUGGUGGUGCACUCGACGACUGCCGCGAUGGCUGCGAGGAAGCACCAAGACUGCGACGACAUUGAUGGCAUGGAGCUGCAGGAUGGCGAUGGGGACGGGAGGACGCUGGAGUCGCACUGGCCGCAGCACCACACGAAGGAUGAGUGGAUGGCAUCUAUUGGUUGUGCCGUCUACUGCACGGAGGUGACGCUGGCCGCAACGGCUGACCUGGGCUGCAUGAGGGUGAAGUGGGAGAUGGCGGAGCCGAUGCGUUGGUGGAGGAAUUCGAACUGUGCACUACUGCGGUGGAAGUGCUCCGCACUGAACAUGAGUGAAUAUUUCCGCAUUUUUUGCGAAGCGAGCAUUCCCGCCAGACGCUGCACGUCGGAUCGGUAUUCCAGUGGUUGGUGUGUAGACGGAGUAUCCAUGAAGGGUCAGCAAAACGCCCGAUGGAAAGUUGCUCCGUCAGUGGUCCCGCACUGGAUGUGGGGAUGCUGCCGCUGUUAUUUGGAGGGUAGAAUAUUUGUCUGCGAUGCCUGGGGACAAGCCCGCUUCGUGGUGUCUGGACACGCUUCCCACCAACACGACGGAUGCGAGGGACCCGGGAGACACAUACAUCUGAGUGCUGCCAUGCAUGCGGCAUUGCGGUGCCUCGGCAUGCAGGUGCAUCUGAGAGUGACUGAGAAGGGUAACGUCCGUUGUGUCCCAUGCACGGUCUGA